GUCAUCCGACAUAGUAGGAUGUUCUUCGUGCAGAGCACACGGUUACUAAUUUACUCAAGAACAAAAAGCUAACAUACUGUGAGUUCGAAUUUGGAUAAAAUUGUGUGUGUUUAGUGGUCCAAGACAAAAAUAAUGAUGGUAACUCCUAUCGACAGAUCAUCGUUACAGCUGGCGCCGACACCCAUUAAGGUGGUGAAUCGACGAAAUAAAUUGAAUGUAACAGAUUUCAAUGAUAAUAAUCUGAAUGAAAAUAAACCAGAACCUCGCAAUGAUCUGCAAGAAGAAGUCAGUUCUUUUCCUGCCGAAUUGCUAUAUCACGGAGAAUACCACGAUGAUUUACCAAUAAUCGAGCAUGAAAGGGAAAAACGAUUUUCAAAAUUAUCGGCAAAUUUUUUAACGGAACACAUUAACGCCGAACAAAGGAGGUUGGUUGUCGUUUUCAUGAUACGUCUUGGGAUACACUAUCGAUAUCCCUCUUACAUCGUAUAUCAAUCCGUGAAAUUGUUCGAUGCCAUUAUGGACAAAAUUUCUGUGGAAACGAUGUUUAUUCAAUUAGCGGCAUUAGCUAGUUUGUGGAUUGCGCUUAAGAAGCAAGAAAAUUUCGAUAAAAUUCCAACAGCUACAGACAUAGUCGCUCUCGCUAAAGAUCUGUACAUAGGAAAAGAGGACUUACUUAAGGCUUAUGAAAGGAAGAUCUUACGAAUUCUUGAUUUUAACAUCACAUUCGCCGAUGCAUUUUCCUUAUUUACACAUCAUUUGGUCAGUUGUAAGCGUUACAUCGAUGUACCCAACGAAACUACUACGUUUUUAUACAACUGCGGUGGAUAUGUGAUUGAUGUUACGCUUCUAGACGAACAAUUUUGUAGAACGUCUGCAAAUCUGAUUGUUCGUACUGCAAUGGAAUUGGUGCUUGGUCUCGUUUUGGAUCUCACAGCCGAUAGUGCUACACCUCGAUGGUUAUUCUGGAGGGGUUUACUUUUUGCUGCCAUUCCUCGUCCAAUCGACAGAUUUGAACACAAGGCGAUCGAUGCAAUGCGUGUUGCAAUGUUGCGACUCGUGUUAAAUUCUGGAAACAAACACGACUAUGCUUUCAAAGUGGUAUACAAAAAAUAUAGCCACAGCAGAUACGGCCGAAUAUCGGAAUCUUUUGUAGAGCGAGCUACCAGAAUAUCUCUUAUAGAAUCUUCAUGCAAUACAUAGAUUCAUUUUUAUUGAUAUAUUCUUUAGAAAAGAAAGAAGAAGAAGAAGAGGAAGAGAAAGAACAUAGAGUAAAAUCUAGUUCUAUAUUGUAUAGUGGAUAUAAUAAUUCUUUAAUUAAAUUCGCAAAGAUCGAAUUGAAACAUUAGAAUGACAAAUUCAUAAAUAAGAUUUAAUUCAUUAGUCAAUUAUGACUAGACUGUAUGUACGCUUUGUUUUGUUGGAUAGUUUUAUUAUAAUUUCUAUAAUUUUUCUUCCGUAAAAGUUUUUAUAAAAUAUGGAUUUUUGCUAUUGAUGGAUAUAUUAAUUAUAUUAAUUAAUAUAUAUACAUAUAUUAUACGAUAUAUAUAUAUAUAUAAUGUUAUAUAUAUGUACAUACU